UGCCACUCAACUGUCGCUUGUGUUGUUGCGAACAGCAAUUUUUCAAAAAAAAUAACUCACUCACAUUUUGUGUGCAGCUCGUAGCACGCUUAGUGUGUGAGGCGCGAUUAUGUUAAUUCGUGAAUGAUGUACGGUGAAUUUUAUAAACUUACAUAGUGUUGAACGUUAUUUUUGAGUGUGGAAUUUAUCUUUGGGGGGGGACGGGAACCUGCUAUUUACUAGUGUGAAAGGGGCUGAUCGUAAGUUAUUUAUGACGUAGGACAGGGUUUAUUGUUGCGCUUCAAAUUGUUAAGCGCACGUCACAGGCCUCGGAACUCAUGGAGGACAGAGGCUGCAGUUAAGGUUAGCGCAACCUAUCAAUUAGUAGUACCGAUAUUGGUGGUAAUCACAGUAGUAGCAAUAGUAGUAGUGGUAGUAAUAGUAGUAUAAUAGUAGAACUAGAUGUAGUUGGUGGUAACGGUGUAAUGACAGUAAUUUGUUUUAAUAAAAAGAGUGUAUUUUUAUUCGCGAAGUGCCCUGUCGUUAUUAUAUAGGACCGUUUCCAGUGUGGUGUGAUAUAUUUUUAAUUUGCAAUGAACAUUUUUCCUGCGGAAGUGCCUGUGAUGAACGAAACUGGAAUGUGCAGUUCCACGUGGAGCAUGGAUAUUUGACUACGAAAUGCCAUUAUUUCAGCAGAUGGGAGCCUGAUUGUUGGUGGGACAUGCAAGAGGGCAGCACCAUGGUGACCCCAGGUUAUGAGCAGACAGAAGCUGGAGGUGGAGUGGCAAUGACUACCGGAUCAAAUGACCAGGGCACAGGGUUUGGCCCUCCAGACCAGGCACAGUUUGAGGCUGACAAGAGAUCUGUGUAUAAACAUCCGCUGUUCCCGUUGCUGGCAUUGUUGUUCGAAAGAUGUGAGCAGGCAACACAGUCUGCGGAGUGUCCAAACUCCGAGAGCUUUAACAUGGAUAUCCAAGCAUUUGUGCAGCAUCAAGAACGGGACAGGAAACCCUUCCUUGUGAACGACCCAGAAGUGGAUGGGUUGAUGAUAAAAGCAAUUCAGGUUUUGCGGAUCCACUUGCUGGAACUGGAGAAGGUACAGGAGCUAUGCAAAGAUUUUUGCAACCGUUACAUCACCUGUCUCAAGGGCAAGAUGCAGAGUGAGAACCUGCUUCGUUCUGACUAUGCAAACUAUGAAAACAACAACAAUAACAAUAACAACAACAACAGCAGCAGUAACAGCCACUCAAGUAACAGCAACAGUCCAGCUGGGAACACUAACUAUGCCACUUCACCCCACCCACUGCAGGUGGUGUCCUCUGCAGGCGGUGUUCCACCUUCACACCACCAGGGAGGGGGAGGGGGGGGAGCUCUGCUAAUGUCAACACAACCUCAAGUUGUGCCCCCCUCCAGCAGCCAGAUUGCAUACCAGAUGGUGCAGACUGCCCAGGGGCUGUUGGCAGCACCUGUCCAUCUCCCUGCGCAGGCACCCUCUCCAGGUAUCGUGCAUGGGAGCACACCUCUCUCUCAGAUUGGAGCCAACCCUUGUCCUCCGCCCAGUGACAGCAGCCUCUUGCACAGUCAGCUGUCGCCAGCCCCCACAACCCCUGGAUCAGUGGAUGAUGAUGAUGAUUUCCUCAGUAACAAAAAGAAACAGAAGCGUGGUGUUCUGCCCAAACAUGCCACAAGUGUCAUGCGAUCAUGGCUCUUCCAGCACUUAGUGCACCCAUAUCCCACAGAAGAUGAGAAGCGCCAGAUUGCUGCGCAAACAAACCUGACAUUGCUGCAGGUGAACAAUUGGUUCAUCAAUGCUCGUCGGCGCAUCCUGCAGCCAAUGUUGGAUGCCUCAAACCCCACAUCUGCUGACCAGCCCAGCUCAGGCAAUACUCUGCAUGGCAAGAGCUCAAGCAGCAAGAAGGCAAAGAAUUCUGGCAGUGGUAACAGCAAGCAGGCAGCACAGCGCUUCUGGCCAGAGAACAUAGCAUCUCUGCAGCCACAGCUGAAUCUGUCGGCUGAGUCAAAUGGGGCAACUCACACUGACUCAUCACUCAUCAGCUCAACCGUGCUGUCAAGUGAGGAAAGUGAGGGCAGCAGUCAGGAUGAGGAUGAGGAGGAAGAAGAGUUUGAGGAAGAGGGGGAGGAGCAGUCACAAAUCACCAAGUUAGAGGGGAAUGCCAGUUCGGACUCAGAGCACGCACAAUGACACAGUGUGGACUGAACACUGUGCUAUAUGUGGACACAUGAUGUGAACAAAGUGACAGUGCUCAGCUUGGUAAAUGCCAGAUGCGGUGUCAUGCCGUAGUCAUUGUAUACGUAAUGAAUGCCAGCCUCAAGGCAGAGGAUGGUCAUUAAGCUACCUAGUUCCUCUCAGCUCUAAUAAUACCGUGUAUACGUCACAAUGAGAGAUGUAGCAGACUUUAUAAAGUAUUUCAUAUUUUAUUGAUAUAAAUAUAUAACUAGAUUUUCUCCCCUUAAAAUAUUUGCAAUGCUCAUUUUAAAAACUGAUAAGAUAAAUCCGUCUAAAUUUUUGUUGUUGUUUCUGUCAGUACUGUUAAUGUGCAUGUAAAUAGAUGCAUUGCGAGAGACUUGACCGCCCAUUUUGCUCAUGAUAAGUAUUACAUAGGUUGUAGCAUUUCUUUUAACUUGGCAAGAAGUAAUGACAUGCUAGUCUUGAAGAGAAGAUGCUUUUAAAGAAUACUCAUUGCUUUCGCAUGGAAGGCAAGAGCUGCAGUAAUUUACCUCGUCUCUGAUAUUUAAAUUAUUGUGACUCGUUUAAAUGACUAAUUUUUGCUGAGAAUACAUGUGACAUUUGUACUUCCACAACUUUUUAGUGAUUUUCUCUUGAAAAAUAUAUCAACUCCCUCCAUUUUCUUAUGAGAUGAAAAAUACUGCAUGUUUAAACACAUGGAAUGGACAAUAUGGUACUCUUAGUCAAGUGACAAGAAAAAUGUCAUGCCUCAUAUAAUUAGCUUUAAAUUAUUGUAAGGUAGAUUGUUUUCCUUUUCCAUGUUUCCAUUUCAAAGAAGAGUACAUGUGUGCCAUUUAUGAUAUGCCAUAUUAACUGUCUAUUUCAUGUGUGCAAUCUUUCCUCUAUAUUGGAUGUGUGUACAUGUAACUGUAGUCAUAAUUCUUGCUCAUAACCAGGACGUAAGAUGUGAACUCUUUUGCACUUCCAAGUCCAAAUUAUGGGAUGCAUGGUUCAUUUAGUCUGCAUGCUUUUUGAUGCACAGUGUGGGAACACUUCCCAGUUAAAACUUUUCAAAUCUAUUGAGUACUAAUUAUCAGUUCCUUUGGAUUAACUCCUUAUUGCAUAUUCUUUGAGUUGUAGCAGGUACAUGUGAAAAAAUACGGUCUCUUUUGUAUUUACUAAAAUGAACUUUAUUUCUGAUUUAUUUAAUGCCUCUGUCAGUAUUUCAGACUGUAUAGCAUUGAAUGAUAGGAGGUUGCUUUAUGAGUAGAGUAUGUGACAAAAGAAAAUAUGGAAAGUGGUUGGACUGAUAUGACCAGUUGUGCAAGUGGCACAAAAUCCUGUUAACUUAUAAACAGUUUGAUCUGUCCCUCUUUGAAGUACAUACAGCUCUUGUUCCCUAUCCACUGUUUGAACCACACACUGCUUCCAUUACCUGUCACCUGUUUGAACCACAUGGUGCUUUUCUUCCCUGUCCCCUGUUUGAACAACAUACUGCUCCUGCUUUCUGUCCUCUGAACCACACUGCUCCUAUUUCCUAUUCCAUGUUUAAAUCACACUACAAUUUCCUAUCCCCUGUUUGAACCAUAUAGUGCUUUUGCUCCCUGUCCCCUGUUUGAACUACAUACUGCUCCUGUUUCCUGUCCCUUGUUUGAACCACACUGCUCCAGUUUCCUAUCCUCUGUUUAAGUCUCACUACUAUUUCCUAUCCCCUGUUUGAACCACACUUCUCUUGUUUCCUCUCCCCUAUUUGAACCAUAUACUGCUUU